GGGAGGGAUGUGGGAGCUGUCACUGGUCCAGGGUGCUGAUUCCAGCUUGUAUCCUCCUCUCCAUCCUCCUGCUGGGAGAAGACAGGAUCCACACUUAGGAGAGGCGGGGUGAGAGCACAGGAGCCAUGCUGAUCCUUACCAUUUUAUUCCCAGGACACCUCUGAUCUAAUCACCGGAUCGAUCUGCACCCUGAGACCAGCACGAUGUACCCCUUCCCCGGGUACCAGAGCCCGGUGCUGGGGGUCAGGCCUCUGAUCUCCUGUUUCUGCCUGCUCCUGUGCUGUGAGAUCGGUGGGUGCAGGAGGGUGUCCCCGGGAUCCCCGGCCCCACAGCUCACUGAUCUCCGAUCGCAGAUCUCCGGCGUGGAGGAGCUGCUAGAAGAAUUCCGCAAACAGCUCCAACAACAGCGACACAAGCAGGAGGAGGAGGAGGGGGGCUGGGCGCAGGACAGACACAGGCACGGUAAUGGCCGGGAAGGUGAGGAGGCCGGAGGAGGCACGGAGGACCAGGAGGAGGAGAACAACAUGCCGCAGCAGCUCCAAGAAGUGGCGGUCCGACCGGCCGGGGAUGUGGGGUGUAACUUUAAUCAGCUGGAGGACAAUAUCAUCCGUACCAAGGACUCUCUGGAGGCCGGAGCCACCUUCCUGAAGGCCCCCGGAGAGGUGUACAGCUGGCGGCAAUGUCUGGAGGUGUGCUGUACGGAGACCAGCUGUACGGCCGCUGUGGUGGAGACCUCAGCCCGGGGCCUCAGCUGCUUCCUCUUCAACUGCAAUCACCGGGGGCGGAAUGUGUGUCAGUUCUCUCCUCAUAGAGACUACAGCAGCUUCACCCUCAACCCAAGGAAUGGAACCUUGACUUCACCCAGAGCUUCCUCUGAUACCCGGGAGAAUGACAAGCCACCUAUCAGCAAUGCGGGACAAGAUGUGAUGCUCCAGCUGCCUGUCGAUUGGGUCAUACUGGAUGGACGGGAAAGCAAUGAUGACCAUGCCAUAGUUCGCUAUGAGUGGACACUACUCCGAGGAGACCCGUUAGUUGACAUGAAGGUCACACAACCAGGGACGUUGAAACUCUCCCACCUGCAAGAAGGAGUUUAUACUCUACAGUUGACUGUGACUGACAGUUCUGGACAGAAGAGCUCAGACAAUGUCUCCGUCAAUGUUCUCCCUGCUGAACAUCAUGUAUCAGCUUCCACAACGUGCAGUGGAGCCUGCAGCCGCUACCAGUUUAUCUGCGAUGAUGGAUGUUGUAUAGAUAUUACUUUAGCAUGCGACAGAGUGGUGCAAUGUCCGGAUGGCUCUGAUGAAGCUUUCUGCCAGAACUUUAGCACGGGUCGAAAGACGGUGAUUCAUAUCACUGAAAAAACAGAAAGCCAUUCAGAUUCUGGAAGAAUGACUGAAACAGAAAACAGUCCAGUACUAGAGAAAUCAAGACUCUCUGGGAAGAUUUCUGUAUCCAUGGAUAAGGAAAAGAAUCAGUCACUUCCUCAGGAAUCUCUUUACAAUAGUAUGCGCAACACAGGAACCUUGGUACGUCCUACAACAGUAGAUCCUAGAGGACAUCUUAAAGCAGUUCCAGUCACUGCUUCGCCAAACACUGACAAGGAUAUAGAGGAAUCAAGUUUCUAUGUUUCAAAAGACAUCCCGAAGGGAAGUGGACACCCAGUGCCUGAAACAGGAGCAGUCUUGCCACUGGCCCUCGGUUUGGCAAUAACAUCAUUACUGCUCUUGAUGGUAAUUUGCCGUCUCCGUCUGGUAAGACACAAGCUGAAGAAUGCUCGCCCAUUAACGUCAGAGGAGUCAGAUUAUCUCAUUAACGGCAUGUACCUGUAAUACAAUAUGAAGCAAAAUCUCUUCUGUCUUUUCCAUUAAAUUACUGUCAAUGUAAAAUUAAAUCAGAAACACCUAAGAAAUUAAAAAUGUGUGCCCAACAAGGAUUGUUAGUAGCCCAUUAUAAUAAAAUAUUUUCAUAUACAAUAUAUAGCACUGUGCAAAAGUGUGAUGAAAUGCUGUAAAGUAAAAAAUGCU